GAACCUUUAGGGGGCGGGAGGCGCCGGCGGCCCUUGAUGCUCGGGCCUCUCCUCCGCGCGUGUAGGUACCUGGGGCAAGUCGCUGGCGCCCUGCUAUCGCCCACGCUCCGAACCCCGACCCCCCGGCUGGCUACUGUGGCGGGUCUGAGGCACUGAUGUUUGAACAGGAAGCUUCAAAACUUUUAAAAGAAUCUUCAGAAUGACUUUGAACCACACAAGCUAAAUAAAAAUCACCCCAGAACACCAACUUCAGCAUGCGUUUCCCCUGUUGGGCUUUCCUGGCGAGCUUUUUGAAGAGGUCUUUCUGCAGAGAGCCAGAGAGCUGAUGCUUACAGAACCAGCUUAGUGGAUCUGACUUUUCUGGUAGAAUUCUCUUGCUUUAUUACAUUCUUUCCCAGGGUUCUAAGAGGCAUGGAGGUAUUCAUGGAACCGAAAGGCUUGAUAGGAGGGAAGUAGCACUUUCAUGUGGAAUGAAAACUAAGCAAGUGACAGGUGUGCCCGACAACACUUAAACCUCCCACGGCUGAAUGUACUGGAUCGGGGACACGCAGAAACAGUCACUGCUGGGGAGAAGGAAGCCACAGCUGGAAAAGAAAAUCCCAAUAAAGAGAAUGAGGGUGACUGGAAUGUAAAUGGCUGCCUCCACCUCAACAGAGACGAAGUCAGCCUCGUGGUGGAAUUAUUUUUUCCUUUAUGAUGGUUCAAAGGUAAAGGAAGAAGGAGAUCCAACAAGAGCUGGCAUUUGUUAUUUUUACCCUUCUCAGACCCUGCUUGACCAACAGGAGUUGCUUUGUGGGCAGAUUGCUGGAGUGGUCCACUGUAUUUCUGACAUCUCUGCCUCUCCUCCCACUCUCAUCCGUCUGCGGAAACUUAAGUUCGCCAUCAAGGUUGAUGGAGAUUACCUGUGGGUGCUGGGCUGUGCUGUGGAGCUCCCCGAUAUCAGCUGCCGGCAGUUUCUGGAGCAGCUCAUUGGAUUUUUUAGUUUUUACAAUGGACCUGUUUCUCUGGCUUACAAGAACUGUUCUCAGGAAGAGCUGAGCGCCGAGUGGAAUGCCUUCAUUGAACAGAUUCUGAAAAACACCAGUAAUCUGCAUAAGAUAUUCGCUUCCCUCUGGAACCUGGACCAAACUAAAGUGGAUCCCCUGCUGCUGCUGAAGGCGGCCCUCAUCCUGCAGACCUGCCAGCGCUCCCCUCACGUUCUAGCUGGCUGCAUCCUCUAUAAAGGCCUGGUUGUCAGCACCCAGCUCCCACCCUCCCUCACGGCCAAGGUCCUGCUUCAUCGCGCUGCACCUUGGGACCAGAGAAUACCUGCGGGAGGGGCUGCCUUGCAGGAGUGUGGCGUGGUCCUUCCCCCAAAUGUCCACAUCACGCCUGUGUUCGUGACGGAAGAGGAAGCCGCCAGCCUCCACGAGUUCCCAAGGGAGCACGUGACUGGCCCUCCUGCGUCUCCAGCCGGACUCCAGGAGCGCUCUGCCCGGCGUCCUCCAAAGGGCUGGAGCCCAUCUGUCAUGAGAGAAGACAGCACUGGGCCUGAGGAACCCGUGGCCUGGACGUGGGUAGCCACCCCCGAGUGCAGGUCCCCUGACGUGGCCUGGCCAAAUGGCACUGGAGAGAAGGGGCACUGCCCUGAUGGUCAUCUGGAGAGCACCCAGCCUGUGGGCCCGCGUGGUGCGGCCCAGGACUGGUGUCCAGAUCUCCGCCGCGCCCUGGUGACGGAGCCUGCCUUGCCCAGGGGGAAAGAGGAACUGGACUUGUCUGAAAUCCACAUUCCAGAAGCUCAGGAAACGGGAGCAUCCUCAGGCCAUUUUGCCUUCUCGAAUGUGUGUGUCCUGGAUGGUGGUGGUCCUUGUGACAGGCAAUCUGUCGGCGACUCUGGGAACCUGGAAACGAAGCCAUUGGAGGCCCUGCCUAUGGGCACAGCCGCCGCAUGUCUCCUCUCUUCCUCCGCCCCUGACAUGCUCACCCAGAACGGAGCCCUCAAGCAGGAUGGAGACCUCCCUGGGGACCAUGGCCAAGCCCCCCUGCCCAGGGAAGACCUCCCCCCGAGAAGGACGAGCUGGCCAUUGUCAUCACCUCGCUUAGAUUCGAGGCAGAAAGGAACCAGGCUUCCUGUGGGGGAACAAGGCACGGAGUGGCAUGCGGAUGGGGCUCUUGAGAGCCGCUCAGUCCGCGGCCUGGAGUGCUGCUCGGGCUCUGCAGACUCCCCCGACAGCGGCCCCUCUGCAGACAGCGCUGACUUCGAGGCGGCCGCAGCAUCCCGUGGAGAACUCGUUCGCGUGGCCCUCUACACUCACAGUGUCAAAGGGCUGGUCCUGUCCCUGCUGGCUGAGGAGCCGCUGCAGGGAGACCGUGCAGCCAUCGAGGAAGUGUACCACAGCAGCCUGGCGUCCCUGAACGGGCUGGAGGUCCACCUGAAGGAGACGCUGCCCAAAGACGAGGCCACCUCCUCCAGCAGAACGUACAACUUCACGCAUUACGACCGCAUUCAGAACUUGCUGACGGCGAACCUGCCACAGGUGGCCGCACCCCAGGAUCGCCGCUUCCUCCAGGCCGUCGGCCUGAUGCACUCCGACUUUGCCCGGCUGCCCUCGCUGUACGAGAUGACUGUCAGAAACGCCUCCACGGCUGUGUACGCCUGUUGCAGCCCGGUCCAGGAGACCUACUUCCAGCAGCUGGCAUCAGCCGUGCGGAGCUCCGGCUUCCCGAGCCCCCAGGACAGUGUCUUCAGCCUUCCCAGCAAAGCCAAGCAGAAGCUGCUGAAGCACGGGGUGAACUUGCUUUGAGCUUGGCUGCUGUGGGCAGGUCAUCACCCGGGAGAUGACUGUCAAAUCGAGCACUAAAAAAGGAAGCUCUGCCUUUCUAAACAGAAAAAAACCUCUUUAUUUUCCCAGAAUAUUUCCCUUCUUCUUUACAAACUGAGGAUGUUUGAAUGUUUGAUACUCCAUUUGCAGAUUGGAGUGGGGCAGGGUGGUUCUUCAGGUCCUCAGACAGGGAGCGCGUGAUAAAGACCGUUAUUACAUUGGCCGUGUCGGGGCCGGGAGAGGUGUGUUGGGGCCUGGACAGGCAUGUUGGCUCCUUGUACCCAAGAGCUGCAGGGCCAGUUAGACCCGAUCACAUGGAGCCUGAGGCGCCUGGCAUCUGCCACUGUUCCAUCCCAGCCUGAACGCGUAUCCACAACUCAUGUUGGCAUUUUUUCUAGAACCUAGUCGUCCCUAGUCUAGUGUUUUCAGCCGUGUCUGCAGCCAUGUCUGCAGACGGGAGGAGGUGUGACCACACAGGAGGAGCUGCGUCUGUUGGCAAGGAGACCAGACAGCCACUUCUCGGUUAGAGGGUUAGAGUGUCGUCAGAGUUGUCCUCCCGGAGGGGCCGGGACAGUUGGUGGUGGAACCACCUUGUUUGAAUUCUUCUGAAACCAGAGUGCGGAUUGGGAGCCUGUUCUUUGGACACCCAUCGUGGGGGCAAACCUUGAUCAUGUGGAACGGAGUUAGGGGUUAGUGGCAACCAAAAGCCCCGCGGUGUGGAGGCUGGAGAACAAGGCGAUGACCGUGCGUCUUCAGAUGGACUGGGCUGUGUGGCCAGUUCCACUCGAGCGAGUGUCCCCACGUAGGGGUUCGCAGAAUGUUUGGGGCAAAAGCAGAACUGUGCUUUUCAGCAGUAGCUGUGUGUACUGUGUGCAAGGGAGCCACAUUUGUCUGUGUGUUUCUGGGCCGGUGUAGUUACACCAGUUCUAUUACAUUGCAGUCAGAUGCGUCACGGGCAUACGGUGCAGAUCGAGGAGGAACCCAGGGUGCUGGCCAAGAAGUCUGUCUGUAUGGCUGUUUCCGUAAAACAAAGACACGUUUUCAUUUUCACCAAUAACUUUAUUGAUUCGGAUAUUUUGAAUAUGUUGGCUAUCUCCUGCGUGGUGUAACACUGGUUGUUCUCGAGGAAUGUUUCCAUUUGAUUGCUAUCAACUUCAGUUGGUCCACCUGACCGUGGAGCAUCGUCCAGCGAGAAAUCGCUAGCACUAAAUUUCACAAACCACUUUUGAUUCGUUUGAUUAGUCACAGCACUUUCUCCAUACGCUGCAUUUCAGUUGCAUUUUUGCCUUUCUUGAAAUAACCAAAUAUAAUAUGCCGAAAAUAUUGUGUAUUUUCUUCCAUCUUCUGUAUUUAAAUGGCUACACAAAAAUUCACCAGUUUUGGUUAAUGUUUUUUUUAAUGCACACUGAAAUGACAGUUGUCACAAUACAAUUUAACAAAAUUGUUUUGAAUGAAGGUAAAGACAACUAAGCGCUAUUAGAAUCAUCUUACGGGGGUAAAAAAAACAAAUGAACUUUUUGGCCAACCCAGUAAUUGCCAGAGUUGUAACUGAAUGUUUCCUGGAAGAGUCCAUCUGAAAACUGUGAUGUUAAUAAUUUCAUGUGAGUGAACAAAUGCCUAAUGUUUAUGAUGUGGUGUCUUUUUCUUCAACUUUCCAAGGGCUAAAAUAAAAUAGCAAAAAAUG